ACUCCAUCGAAGCUACAUCACAGUCACCUUCACCUAGGUGUCACUCCUUCUUUUAUCAGAGCUUUAUUGUCGUCGCGUCACGCGCUCAGGGUUGGGACUCGGUCAAUUCAAGGAUCACCUCCGCACCGCUUGACAGAUUGCUGUUGGAAACCAAACACCUCCCCAUAGCCUUCCCAGGAGAAAUUCUGUAAUCAUGUCUGACGUCGAAACUGAUAUCAAGCGCGAGGAAGAGCAGCGUCGCAAAGAAGACGAGCGUCUCGAUACCGCAGAAGACGAGCGUCUCGAUACCGCAGAAGACGAGCGCCUCGAUACUGCAGAAGACGAGCGCCGCGGAGAUGAUACCAUCGAAGAGGAGGAGAUCUCAGCCAUGAGGCGCCGCGUGCAAGAGAUGGAAGAUGAGGCACAGAAGCUGCGCGAGAUGCAGCAGUCGCUCGACCACGAACGCCACGAGAUGCGUGAAAGCAAAGAAGACGUUGACUCGCGGAGUGUCUUCGUUGGUAAUGUCGACUACGGGGCCAGCCCUGAGGAGAUCCAGGCACACUUCCAGAGCGUCGGCAGCAUUAAUCGUGUCACCAUCCUGCUCGACAAGUUCACAGGGCAUCCCAAAGGGUAUGCGUAUGUAGAGUUCACAGAACCCAGUCUGGUCAGUGAGGCUCUGGUCCUCGACAACAGUCAGUUCCGCAACAGGAAUCUGAAGGUCGUACCCAAGCGUACCAACUUGCCCGGCAUGACGAGAGGCGGUCGCGGCGGCCCUAGGGGAGGGCGCGGCGGAUUUGGAGGUCGAGGUGGACCUUAUGGCGGCCGGGGUGGUGGUGGCGGUGGCGGUGCCUAUGCUCCUCGUGGAGGAGGCUAUCGUGGUGGUUACCGUGGUCGUGGAGGCUCCGGCUACCGCCCGUAUUGAAUGUGCGAGGCUUUUCCGGAAGCAGACCUCGGUCG